UUUUGUUUCUGGGUUGAGACAAUUUACUGAAGAAAAAAAUGUUGGGUGGAUUUAGCACUAAACAAUGAUCAGUUUGUUGAUUGCAGGCAAUGAUCGCACGUUCCUAAAAGUUUGGUGGUCCUUGUGCCAAUAGAAGCCUCAUUGUCAAACCAUUUGAAUGGAGAAUAAUAAGUGGUAGGGGAGCUGAGAUAAAGAAGCAUUUUUUUAUAUUUCAUGGUAUUGUUUCUAGCAAUUUGCUUUUGGAGAAGGAAGCUCGGAGAUGGGGACUGACGGUGGAGAUGAGCAAAUGCAAGAGCCAGCAAACUGUGAGGAGAGGAUUUUUGUUUCGGUUCGUUUGCGGCCUCUCAAUGGGAAGGAAAUCGCUCGGCACGAUGUAUCGGACUGGGAAUGCAUCAAUGAUAACACUAUCAUAUACCGGAACAGCCUUUCGGUUUCCGAGAGAUCCUUGUACCCAACUGCCUAUACAUUUGACAGAGAUUUCAGCUCUGAUUGCCCAAACCAGCAGGUGUAUGAAGCAGGAGCAAAGGAAGUUGCUCUUUCAGUUGUUAGCGCAUGUGUUUUUGCAUACGGACAAACAAGCAGCGGAAAGACGUAUACGAUGACCAGAAUCACUGAGUAUGCCAUGACAUAUAUUUAUGACUACUCACAAAGGCAUAAAGAACGAGAGUUUAUCCUCAAGUUCUCGGCGUUGGAUAUUUACAAUGAAUCUGUCAGAGACCUCCUUAGUGCAGACAGCACACCCCUUAGACUUCUCGAUGAUCCGGAAACGAUCGAAAGUUUGCGCGAGAAUUUUUAG